UAUGGAAGCUGAAAAGAUUAAUAUAUGGUUAGACUGUGAUGUUGGUAAUGAUGAUGCAAUGGCAGUCAUUUUAUCAUUGUUUCAUCCAAAAUCUAAUCUACUAGGAAUUUCCACAUGCUUUGGAAACACAAGGUAAAAGUUUGGCUAAUAUAUAGCCUUGAAAACUGUACAAAUAACACUAUUCGAUUACUUAGUUCAGUAGGAAGAACUGAUGUACCUGUAUAUAAAGGAUCUGAAUUUUCUUUAAAAUCUACAAGAGCUACCACUAAAAUGCAUGGAACAUAAGGUUGGUUGAUUAAAAAAUCUAUAUUAGGCUUGUAUGCGGUUGAUAAAUUGAUUUCUUCUUUCAAGCCCAUAGAGGACAUAGAUUUAUAUGAUCUGAUGAAAUAGAUAUUAGGAGAUAAAUAAGUAUGAGAAGAUAAUAAGCUAGUUUGUUAUAGUAAUAACAGGACCUUAAACUAACAUUGCUAAGUUAUUGAGAGAUCACGAAGAAAUUAUUCCUUAGAUUUAAGAAAUUGUGUUCAUGGGUGGAACAUCAGGUUUUGGAAAUGUAACACCUAAUUCGGAAUACAAUAUUUAUUCGGAUCCUGAGGCUGCUCAAUUUGUAAUCGAUACAUGCAAAUAGCAUUCAUUGAAAUUAGUAAUGAUUUCAUUAGAUUUAACAUACGUACCAUACAAUAAUUUAUAAAAAUAUUAGACAUGUUAACUAUUAGAACCAAUUUAAUAAAGAAUAAAAAAUAUAAACACUAACUUUUCAGAUUGGUGUUUGGAAAUGCUUAAGGAAUAUUAGGCUGCAUAUAAGGCAUAAGAAUUUGAUUAUCCUCCAAUUCAUGAUCGUAAUAUAUAUUAAUCUUAAAAUUAGCUGUUGCUGUAUUUUAUGUAUUACAUCCAGAAUUGUAUGUUAUAAAACCUUUUUUUUGUGCAGUUGAUUGCGAAUCAAAAUUAUGUUAUGGAAGAACUGUUAUUGAUAAAAAAGGAAUUUAUGGACUUGAGCCAACUGUAUAGUUUGCAAGAAAAGUAGUUGUUGAUGAAUUUUGGAACUAAAUGAUUGAAGCCAUUAAAAUUGCAGCAAAGAAUUCAAAAAUUGAAUGA